AUGGAACCGCCGGCAAAGCGCCGCCGCAUGAGCCAGCUGCUGCUGGACAAGCACCAUGCCGACGAAGACGACGAUGAGCUCGCCUUUGCGCCAUUCGAGGUCGAGGCCAAGCGAGACCCCGAUUACAAGCUCUCUGUCGAGCGGGCCUAUGCCGACCAGCGGUUCCAGGCCACCAUGGCGCAUAUCUUCGAGAAGUACGGGCGCGACUUCGAGGGCAUUGGCGACGAGAUCGAUCUUGUGACGGGCGAGAUUGUGGUCAACAACGGACAUGUGCGCAAUAUGCGAGACGAAGGCGAUGUUGGAGACGGUCUGCGAGGCGAUCUGACGGACGGAGAAGACGACGAGGACGAGGGCAUCCUGCUAGAGGAUCUAUAUGACGACGAGGAGGAAUACGCAGAUGAAGAAAUCGGAGAGCAGGGCGAGCGAACCCAAAAUGGCAACAAUGCAGACGGUGAUGACGAAGACGACGAAGACCGCAUAAUACAGGGCCGCCAGCCAUCUCGCGACUCACAUUCAACGGCCUUGGUGUUGGGAUCAUCGUCAAAGAACGCAUUGCUCGGCCGCGCCUCGCCGUUUGGCGCGAACAAAGCAAACGCUCUUCGCUUUGAGCCUCCUACAGAGCUACCCUUGGCCUCCUCACCAUUCGCUUUCGACCGAUCACCGUUCGCUUUGGAACCCUGGGGACUCCCCGGUCAACACUCCGAUCCUCUGUGGGAUCGACCCGAUCUAUUUGCAGUCCAACGACCACCGAGCCAGCAAUUGCCAAUCAAGCCCAGUCGCUACCAUUUCGCUGCGCGGAGCGGCGAAAGCUCAAUCUGGGCGCCUGGGUCGAGGUUCCGAGCUGACGAAGAAGAACCCUUGCCAUCUGCAUUUGCCGCCACAUUUAGCAAGCAUUUGCUUCCAAGGAGGAAGAAAAUCAUUAGACAUCCGCUACUGCUUCCUUCUACAAAGUCGAAUGAACGUGGCGAUGAUCGCAGAGCGGAAGCAGAUGAGGAUGACGAGGACGAGGAUGUGAUUCUGACGGGGAAGAGAUUUCAAGAGAACCCAACAGAAGCUACCAAACAUGACGACGAUUCACGUCAGUCCAGCAGGUCAGCCGGGAAAGAGACUGAGGAGAGGGGAGGAGAGGGAACCUCAAGCGACAGCGGCUACAAGUCCGCUCAAAGCAUACGGAGAAGCAGAAAGCGAAAGCAAAGGGCAGACGAAGGGUCCACGAGGGACGAGGCUUGGGUUCAAUCUCCUGGGAUAUUGAAAAAGGCUCCCAGUUCAAAGCCAAAGAGGCUUCCAAGCAAGACAAAGAAUCCAGACCAGACGACACCAUCUCUUGAGCUGCCCGAUGAAGCAAGCGGCUGUAGACGCUCUGGACGGAUGAGGAAGCAGGUCGAAUACUUGAACAAGAUAUCUUGGGCUCAAGCCUUGGCAGAGCAAAAGGCCGAAAAGCAAGCGAUGUUGCUUCCUGCUCCGGAUUCGCAGAAAAGCGGCAAGGACAACGAACAUGCGGAAGAGGAGAGUAGCACCGGAUCGGACUCAGCAGAUGAUCAGGCAGCCCUAGAAGAAUCGGAGCAUGACUGCAUCCCGGACUCGGCCGCCGAUGACGAUGACGAGGAAGAAGAAGUAGAGGAAGACGCCGAAGAGGAAGAGGAGGUGGAAUCGGAAAAGGAACAGAAAGGAGGGGAAGAAGCUGAAGAAGAUGAAGAGGAAGAAAGGGAGACCUCACCUCCCCUAAUCGACUUGUCGACUUCACGGGAACCCCAAGUUCGCCAACCCGAUAUCGCGGAGCGUCGCCGUACUCAAGCGCCAGCCGGAUUUCCCUUCAAGUAUACUGAUCCUGGAUGCCUUCUUUCCGACGACGAGGCUCCCACUAGUUUGUCCAAACCAAGGAAAUUAGCUCCGCAGAAGAGGCACGAGGACGUACUCCCGUUACGAGAGAUCCGCAAUGUCAAGGCUCGGGCGCAAGCCGACUCCUCUUCGUCAGAUGCUGGUAAAGAAGAGCGGCCGAAUCAGUCUGGCAAGAAACGCAAGCACAAGGCGGACGCCAUGAUAGACUCGUCCCCCAUGGCGAAUCAGAACAGCACUGGGAAUGUUGACGUCCCAUCCGAAGACUCCAGCGGCGUGGCUCCUUUGUCCUCUUCUCCCACGCGCUUCCUCUCCCGAAUCACUCUCAAAGAUUCUCUAGACGACACGCCUCAGCCCUCGGACGCUGCAUCAGAGAAGGCCGAUCACCAGCCUGAGGCUAUGAGAUCUUCGAGCCCAUGUGCUCGCGACAGUAAAAACGCCCCGAAGCUCACGGCCUCUAGGCAAAGGAGACGCCAGUCCAAGAAGCCCGUCAGCCCCGUCGUCGAGCAACUCAGCGCAGAAAUCGCCCAGCCAAAACAGUCGGCGAUCUAUAUAGCCCUGCCCACCGUCAUCGAAGACAGCUCCUACGAGACGUGCGACGAUUUCUCCUCUUCUCCCGCCAAGCCUUCUUCGCAUGAUGAGCCGCCUCCUCCAUCACCCAAACGCACAGUCUCGCCCUCCAAAGCAGUUUCUCAACCAUCCACACAAUCUCCCACAAGAGCUCCCCAAGAAUCUCCAUCUGAAUCCCCCACAAAGAACCCUUCAAAACGCCCUGCUGAAACUGAAGACCCUCUGCCCUCUCUGAGCAACCCGCCUCAAACCCCCCGUCGCCCCCACCGCCGCCUCAAAGUCCCUUCCUCGCGCCACUCCAUCCUGUCUCUGCUAUCCGACGAGGACGAGGACGACGAGGAGAUUGACGAGCUGGGCCGCAACCUGGCCGCAAUCCCCAGGUUGCAGAGUUCAGUGGCGCAGACGACUGCGCGCAAGGUAUGGAGAUCCAGCUCCCGCACCCGUGAAGUGUAUCGCACGCCUGUGAAGAAGCGGCCUUCGGAGCCUGUGAGCCCGGGGAGUAUCGUCAAGACGCCUGGGGGCACGCUGAGGGCUUGUGGCGUGGAUGGAUAUAGGUGUGGACGGGAUUUCUGUUUUACUUGUUUGUAA